UUAUUAUUUCUCGUUACAUAUUAGAUGUUUUUGCAAGUAGAAAAAAACAAAGGAAGAGAAAUAAAAUACAAAAAGAAGCAAAUUUCUUCAUCAUCGCUGUUCAUGAUCGGACAUCCAGUUUUGUCCAAUUCUUUCCUGCCAUGAAAAGCAUCGCUUUAGAAAUGUCAUUGAGAAUGACAAGGUUUUACGAGCGUAUCGAUAGCUGAUGGCGGUCGUCUCGUGAGUUGUCUCGUGAGCGGCCGUAUGACAGCUAAUGACCACGUAUGACUAAUCAACUUGCGAGUAAUUAUAAACAUUUGAAUCGCGAGGAGAUCGCCUUAUUUCCGAGAAACUCGAUCGUUCCCAAUCAGUAGUUUAAUUAAUGAAACGCGAUAACGCGUGGUACGGAAGAAUUCGGAUUCUCCGGGCAAUCGCGCGAGCUCCGUUUGUUGCCACGAACGCCAAAUAGCGAUCUUUAUCUCGCGGCCGACUAAAUAUUUACCGUCGCAUUAAACAGCAGCGGACAAAGCGUCGGCCGCUCUGCCGACAAAGUUCCUUGGCACGUUAUAAAUGCCAGUUAUAAUUUUGCUCCGGAUUCAGAUGGGCUCAGAUUUCUCUUAGUGCUAGUGAUUAAAUUGCGUGCGAAACAACAUGAAGUUCGCAGAACAUUUGUCAGCUCAUAUUACGCCUGAGUGGCGUAAACAGUAUAUUAGCUAUGAGGAAAUGAAAGCAAUGCUUUAUACGGCGGUAGAAGAAGCGCCUUCAGAUGAGAGUGUAGAACCAGAAGUAAUAUCACGCCAUUUUGCAUCGUUCGAUGAGGUGUUUUUUACAUUUUGUGAUCGUGAAUUAAAGAAAAUCAAUACAUUUUACUCAGAAAAAUUGGCAGAGGCUACGCGCAAAUAUGCAGCUCUGCAAAACGAAUUGAAGACUGCGCUGGAAUUGCAACAGGGUAGCGGGAAGAAUAAAGGGAAGGCCAACGCGAGGCCGCUAUUACCUAUCAGAAAGCUUCGAGAUCUAAAACUUGCAUUUUCAGAAUUUUAUCUCUCCCUAAUCCUUCUUCAGAAUUAUCAGAACUUAAAUCACACUGGAUUCCGUAAGAUUCUGAAGAAACAUGACAAGUUACUAUCAGUUGACGCUGGUUCAAAAUGGAGGGUCGAAUGCGUGGAGACGUCACACUUCUAUACGUCCAAGGACAUAGACAGACUGAUACAGGAAACGGAAACCACAGUGACGAACGAUCUCGAGGGCGGCGAUCGACAGCGUGCUAUGAAACGUCUUCGUGUGCCACCGCUUGGCGAGCAUCAGAGUCCAUGGACUACUUUCAAAGUUGGCUUAUUCUCCGGUAGUUUUAUUAUUCUAGCUGUUGCAGUUAUUCUUUCAGCCGUCUUUCAUGACAGUGGUGAGAAUUUGAAGAUUGCAUUUAGACUAUAUCGAGGUCCUUUCCUUAUCAUCGAAUUUUUAUUCCUUAUCGGAAUUAACGUCUACGGAUGGAGAUCUUCCGGUGUCAACCACGUUUUGAUAUUCGAGUUGGACCCGCGAAAUCAUCUUUCGGAGCAACAUCUCAUGGAAUUGGCUGCAGUCCUUGGAGUAGUUUGGACACUUAGUUUGUUAAGUUUUUUAUACAGUACAAGCCUGAGCAUUCCGCCGUAUGUAAAUCCGUUAGCGCUCGUUUGCCUUAUGCUGAUCUUUCUAUUAAAUCCGGUGAAGAUGUUUCGCCACGAAGCUCGUUUCUGGCUGUUGAAGAUCAUAGGACGCAUUUUAAUAUCGCCAUUCGCAUAUGUCAAUUUUGCUGAUUUCUGGCUGGCGGAUCAGUUCAACAGUUUAGCGACCGCGUUCUUAGACUUUCAUUUUUUGAUAUGCUUCUACAUUGUAAAUGGCAAUUGGUUGAAGGCAGGCGAUACUAUGCAGUGCAUGUCAGGCUCUCUUAUCGUCAGACCUAUUGUGAAUUGUCUACCGGCGUGGUUUCGCUUCGCGCAGUGUGUUCGUAGAUACCGAGAUUCUAAAGAGGCAUUUCCACAUCUAGUAAACGCUGGAAAAUAUUCCACAACGUUUCUCGUUGUUGCAACUAGUACUUUAUACGGUUAUCAUGCAGCGGAAUAUAAUAAUCGGUGGGAAAAUCCAUGGUUGUGGCUGUGGAUUUGCAGUUGUCUUAUUAAUUCGAUAUAUUCAUACACAUGGGAUCUUAAGAUGGAUUGGGGCCUUUUAGAUAGUAACGCCGGCGAAAACCGUUUUCUACGCGAGGAAAUGGUUUACUCGACUGCCUGGUUUUAUUAUUUUGCAAUAAUAGAAGAUUUUAUAUUACGAUUUAUAUGGAUUGCGAGUUUUAUCCUCGUUGAAUUCAAAUACAUCUCAGGCGACUUAAUGACUUCUAUUGUAGCACCUCUCGAAGUUUUUAGGCGAUUUGUAUGGAACUUUUUCCGUUUGGAGAACGAACAUUUGAAUAACUGCGGUAAAUUUCGUGCCGUGCGUGACAUUUCGAUAGCGCCUAUAGAAAGCUCUGAUCAAACGCUGAUUCUACGUAUGAUGGACGAGGAGGAUGGUGUAACUAAUAGAGGCAAACGUAAAAGUAGCGGUAAAAAGCAAAGCAAUACAAAGGAAGACAGACGAAUGUUACUUAAAGAAGAAACUAUAGAUAUCGAUAUAUCGAAUGCCAGUUGAAUAUAUAGUUAAAAAUUUUUGUACAAUGUUACUUUUAAUUUUCCCGCAAUACUAGCAAACCUCGAAACUUUGGUACUUAAGGAAGAUAGCACAAUUUUGUAAAUAACACGUAUAUAUCUGACACUUAUCACUAAGAUAGACGAUUGCCACAUUUUUCAAUAGAAGAAUAGAAGAGUAGAAAUUAUAAAACUGACAGUAUUAUAGUGCCUUUUGUGCUUCUUUCAUAUAAGAUACUUAACGAUAGAUUGUAAUAACCUAAAAUCUUGCAUCAAGUCUUCCAACAAAAAUGCAUAUUUAUAGUUUCAGCAAAUAGUUUCACGAAUUUUAUAGCUUUUAGAUUUAGGCAUGUAGAAAAAAA